AUUUAAUUUCGUCACUUCCACAUUGAAAGAGAGAGAGAGAGAUUGGACGUUGUUUGGCAAAUGGCAACAGAAAAUGAGGCGGUGGACUCGUUCUACGUGUUGCCCGAAGAAUGCAUCGCCAGCGUGCUGUCGUUCACGACUCCUUCUGACGCAUCCAGUUCGUCAUUCGUUUCCACCAACUUCAGAUCGGCCGCCGAAUCCGACAUCGUUUGGGAGAGGUUUCUUCCACCCCAGUACCGCUCCAUAAUCUCCCGCUCCGCCGAUUCGUCUUCCCUCUCUUCUUCUUCCAAGAAGCAGCUCUAUCUCCGUCUCUGCGAUCACCCCCUCCUCAUCGACGAUGGCAAGAAGAGCUUUUGGUUGGAGAAAAGGAGCGGGAAGAUAUGCUACAUGCUUUCUCCAAAGGACCUCGUGAUUGUGUGGAUGGAAACUCCUUUUUAUUGGAGAUGGACUUCUUUACCCGAUGCCAGGUUCGCGGAGGUGGCGGAGCUUGUCAAUGUGUGUUGGCUGGAGAUCCGUGGGAAGAUUAAUGCUUGCAUGCUGUCGCCAGGCACGCUGUAUACAGCGUAUCUUGUGUUCAAGGUGACGACAGGAUCAUUCGGUUUUGAAAACCAACCUGUCGAGGUUGCGGUCGGAGUUGGCGGAAGCGAAGGGCAUAAGCGUACUCGGAGCGUCUUUUUGGAUAUGGAGAGAGGGCGGAGGCAGCGUUACCAGAUUGUACCCGCCGCGCGGCGAGGAGGGCCUUUUCACCGCCACCGCUGCCUGCCGCAGAGUAUAGAGGAGGCGGAUAUUGGCGAGUGUCCGAAGGAGAGAGGAGAUGGGUGGUUGGAGAUCGAGUUGGGUGAGUUCUUCAACGGUGGAGAUGAUGAUGAUGAUGGGGAAGUGGAAAUGAGUGUUUUGGAGGUGAAGGGCGGUAACUGGAAGGGUGGCCUCAUUGUUCAAGGGUUUGAGAUCAGGCCAAAAAGAAUGUAAUUAAAAUAAAUUAGUAAAUUAAGAGUGCUUUUUUGUCUUUUGCAUUUCUCUAUUUUUUAUUUUAUUUUUUAUGUUGUAUGUGA